AUGUCCAGGUUCACGCUCACAGCUCUGCUGGCCCUCGCGGCCGGCAGUGUCAACGCGGCAUCGUCGCUGGCAGACAUCAAGCAUGUCAUCAUGAUCAUGAUGGAGAAUCGCUCGCUGCAGCAUUACUUUGGUACGAUGGCCGGUGUUCGUGGCUUUGCCGAUCCCAACGUCCAGGUGAGCCCGAACACGAACAAGUCGGUCUGGUACCAGCCGGUGGACAACCUGACGACAGAAGCGGACUAUCUCCUGCCGUACUGGCUUAACUACGAGAACACCGAGGAGAGCUACAACAAGAGCCAGUGCCUCUGCUCCGGUGCCAACAACUGGAUCCCCACGCAUCAUGCGAUGAACUCGGGUGCCAACGACCAGUGGGCUGUCAUCGACGACCCGCAGUCCUGGGGCUACUUUAAGCGCCAGGACAUUGCUUACCACUUUUCCCUGGCCGAGUCCUACACUCUGGCCGACAUGUAUCAUGCGGCCGUCAUGACCAACACGGACCCCAACCGUUGGUACUGGCAGUCCGGCACGAUCAACGUUCCCGGUGGCAAGACGCCGCUCGGCUCGGGAGGUGUGAUUCUUGACGACAAUCAGAGCAACGGUUGCGUGGACACCGACCUCGACUGCCUUCCUCUGCAGUGGCCUGCCUUUGCCCAGUACCUCGACGAGGCCGGCGUCGACUGGCGAUCGUACCAGCAGUCGUACAACUGGGCCACGAACAACGGUCUAUUUUACUUUGAGGCCUUCCAGAAGGCGGAGAAGAACUCGAGCCUCUACCAGCGCGGCCUCGCCUUUGACGGAGACAACAGCCUGGACGCGUUCAAGAAGGCUGCCGCGAACGGAACUCUGCCCGAGGUCAGCUGGUGCUUUCCCCCCGGCAAUCUGCAGGAGCACCCGCCCUUCACGCCGCAGGAUGGAGCCUGGUGGAUCAACGAGAUCGUCAACGCCUCGAUCCACGGCGCCAACUACAACGAGACCGUCAUUCUGCUGAACUGGGACGAGGCUGGUGGCUGGGGCGAUGCCGUCAUGCCGGUGAUCCCACCCAACGGCACUGCUGGCGAGUGGUUCGAGGACCCCUACGGAGAGCUCGGGUACACCUGGUCUGGUCCUGGUGUUCGCGUCCCCCUGAUCAUGAUCUCGCCUUAUACUCGCGGUGGUCACGUGUUCACCGAGCGUGGCGACCACGCUUCGAUUCUUCUCUUCCUCGAGAAGUACCUUGCUGCUCGUGGCUACGACAACAUUACGGCCGAGGCCCAGAUGUCCGACUGGCGCCGUGAGCACGAGUCCGACCUCGUAAACGCUUUUGAUUUCAAAAACCCCGACUUCAGCAUCCCGAAACUCCCGAUUCCCCAGACGCCCAUCCAGGACUCCUCCGGCAACCACAUCGGCCUGUACAAGGGCUACUGCAGCGCGCAUUUCGGCACGUCCUGUUCCGGCAGCAAGUACUACGCCCCGUAUCCGUACGGCAACCAGACCGAAGAAGAGGCGCUCUACUUUGAGGACGGCUACAAGGGUGUUCGCGGCUACCUGACCGAGGGCCGCUACCUCGUCUUUGAAUCGAACGGCUACGCUCUCUCAACCAACGGCAGCAGCAAGGCGCUCACCGCCACAAAAGCCUCGGCCAAGCACGAGGAUAUCCAACAGCGCUGGGUCCUGCACGCUCUGGAGACCGAGGGCACCAGCUUUUACAUCACCAGCGCAGCCAAUGGCUACUACAUCUCGCAGCAAAGCGCUCUCUCGAAGCUCGAGAGCGCCGCGGAGACGUACAACAUCACGUACAUGGGCAACAGCUUGUACCGGCUGCAGGAGGAGAGCGGAAAGUAUCUCAACAUCAACGCCAAUGGCAAGCUGUCGUUUGACUCUACGCCCACCGGCUACAACGCGUACAGUGUCACCUACCAUAAUUGA